AACAGACUUUCUGAUUUCGUCGUCUUCCUAUAUUUGUGCACGUAGCUAGUGUGAAAAUACUGUACGUAAUGUCAGUUACGCGAGCGCAAAUGUGAUAAAUGCUGUAAUAAGAGGACAACAAAACAGAGAUAAACAUCAUCGUUCAUCAACCUAUAGGUUCUGGAUAAUGUCAAUGGAUGAUGUAUAGACGAGUACGUUCAAGAAGACCCAAGGCAGGGACGUCCACAGGACAACCUGAAGGUCCUGGUAUUCAUGUGUUUCUGUUCUGGACCAAAGGCAGCGAACACUACUUGUCUUACCGGGAGGGUGAGGUGACAGCUGAAGAUCUCACCAUCGAUGCAGCCAAGGCUGUGGGUAUCACUCCAGUCUGCCAUGCUUUGUUUGCGCUAUACGACCCUGUUUCCUUAUGGUGGUACAGUCCUAAUCACAGAUUUAACACAGAAAACCAGUCAGGCCUGUUGUUGCAUUUCCGUAUGAGAUUUUAUUUCCGUAACUGGCAUGGCUUAGCCGAAAAGGAGCCGACUGUGACGCGUCAUGUGCCAAAGAGUGGAAAUGGGGUGGAUCAGAUAUCAUCUCCUCUACUGGAGAUAACCUCUCUCGAGUACCUGUUUGCUCAGGCUAAACAUGAUUUUGUCAAUGACGUGGCGUGUUUGGAUGCGGUGAGGGGCGAGGAAGACAUCAGUCGCUUUAAAAAUGAAUGUCUGGGUAUGGCAGUACUUCAUCUCUCAUAUACGGCCCUGCAAACUGGCUCCUUUCUACAGGAUGUGGCCAAACAGACCAGCUUCCUCCGUUGCAUCCCCCGAUCUUUUGCCCGACACAUUGCCCGAGAUAACUUUGUGACGAAGAUACGGAUUCGACGCGUGUUCGAAAACUUUGUGCGCAGUUUCCAGCAACACACGGUGGGCAUGGGAAAGCUCGGACCGCAAGAGGUCAUGUACAAGUAUCUGUCCACCCUGGAGCGCCUGGCACCCGAUUUCGGCCUUGAGACUUUCCUUGUGUCGCAUCUUUACAUAAGAAGUGAUGGAGAUGACAGUGGGUCCUACCUCAUAUCCUCCGAGGAACCAGUGAGCAGCAAAAGUACUCAUAAAAUCAGGGUGUCCGGAUCGACGGGGAUAUGGUGGAAGAAGCUGCCGGCAGAGCGGGACAACAACUAUAUUCACAAUGACAGCAAAGACACACAGCAACUUGAUGAAGGGGAAGUGGAUGCCUGGUGCUCCUUCUGUGACUUUCCUGGGAUUUCUCAUAUCGCCAUAAAUGGUGUAAAUGUCUGUAUUUGUCGCCAGGACAACACGUUAAUGGACAUACGCUUGGGCUCCAGUUUAGAGGCUCACUCUCUGGUUUCACUUCUCGAUGGAUACUUUAGACUUACAGCUGAUGCACAUCAUUAUCUGUGUCGUGAGGUGGCUCCUCCCAGAGUGGUUCUCAGUGAAGCCAACGGCCUGCAUGGUCCUAUACUGGACGAGUUUGUGCUUCAGAAACUGAAGAAAGAGGCAGAUGAGGGAGCGUUUGUGGUGCGCUGGAGUGUGUUGGAUUACGAUCGGAUAAUCCUUGCUGCUCUGAGUAGGACAAAGGAUGGACAAAAUCCAACAUACAAGCAGUUCAGAAUAACACAGAAUGCCUCUGUAUUUAAACUGGAGGGCUGGGAGAAAGAGUUUUCUAGCAUAAAGGAGCUGACAGACAGCCUGAAGACCUUUGUAUUGAAGUCUGGAGAAGACAAUUUUACUGUGAAGAGGUCGUGCCUGCCCAGACCAGGAGAGCUCUCAAACCUUCUGGUGUUGAGAAAAGGUUCCAACAAAGAUGAUAAACACGUCCCUGAACCCCUCAACCUGAGCCAACUGAGGUUUCAUCAAAUUAAAGACAAGGAGUUCACAAAGGAGCAGCAUCUGGGACGUGGCACCAGGACUAACAUUUACGCCGGCUGGCUGAAAGUGCGUGGCAUGACAGAGGACGGAUUUGAAGAGUCAAAUAACAAUGACACUGACAAGACCGGCAUCCGAGUUGUCCUCAAAAUUCUGGACCAGAGUCACAAGGAUAUAGCACUGGCCUUCUUUGAGACGGCUAGUCUCAUGAGUCAGGUGUCACACUGUCAUCUGGUCUUUGUACAUGGAGUUUCAGUCAAGGGAUCAGAGAACAUCAUGGUGGAGGAGUUUGUGGAGUUUGGGCCAUUAGAUAUGUUCCUGCACAGAGAAAAGGCCCAUGUCACUCCUCGGUGGAAAUUUACUGUUGCUAAACAGCUUGCCAGCGCUCUUAGCUAUCUUGAGACGAAAAGUUUGGUCCAUGGAAACGUCUGUGGCAAGAACAUUCUAGUAGUCAGGAAGGGUUUAGAGGACGGGACGUCGCCUUUUGUGAAGCUGAGUGACCCUGGCAUUUCUAUCACAGCUCUUUCACGUGGAGAGCGCGUGGAGCGCAUCCCAUGGAUCGCUCCCGAGUGCAUUGCCGAUGGAGUACGUGUUGGAAGUGCUGCAGACCAGUGGAGCUUUGGAGCGACUUUGUUGGAAAUCUGCAACAAUGGAGAUUUGCCCAUCAGUGGCAGCACGCUGCCCGAGAAAGAGCGUUUCUACGAGACACAGAGUCGUCUGGCUGUGCCCUCGUCUCAAGAGCUGGCAAGCUUUAUAAGCAGGUGUCUGACGUACGACCCUGCUGCCAGGCCAUCCUUCAGGACCAUUCUGAGAGAGCUAACAGAGAUUCAGUCAAAAAAUCCAGACAUUUCCCCUGACUGCGAGUCAACUCAAGACAUAGAUCCCAGUAUCUUUUACAAACGCUACCUGAAGAAAAUCAGGGACUUGGGAGAGGGCCAUUUUGGAAAAGUGAUGCUGUACGUUUAUGACCCUGACAACGAUGGCACCGGAGAGUAUGUGGCAGUGAAGGCUUUGAAACAAGAGGGUGGCGAUAACCUUCAAGAUUCUUGGCUAAAGGAGAUUGAAAUACUGAAAUCGCUUUAUCACACAAACAUCGUCAAGUACAAGGGAUGCUGUACCGAACUGGGUGGACAGGUGGUUCAGUUAAUCAUGGAGUAUCUUCCACUUGGAAGUCUCAGAGAGUAUCUGCCUAAACAUAGCUUGGGAAUUGCCCAAAGUCUUCUUUUCGCCCAGCAGAUCUGUUCGGGGAUGGAUUAUCUGCACUCCAAACGUUUCGUCCAUCGGGAUUUGGCAGCAAGAAACGUUUUGGUGGAAAAUGAAGGGGUUGUUAAAAUCGGUGACUUUGGUCUGACAAAGUAUAUUCCAGAAGGAGAGAUCUACUACCGGGUCCGUGAGGACGGUGAUAGCCCCGUGUUCUGGUAUGCCAUAGAGUGUCUGAAGGAGAGCAAGUUUUCUUUUGCAUCUGAUGUUUGGUCUUUUGCUGUGACCCUUUAUGAGAUUUUGACCCACUGUAACCAUCGUCAAAGCCCCCCUUCAAAAUUCUUUGAAAUGAUGGGAAUGGUUCAAGGUCAGAUGACUGUGGUUAAACUCAUUACUCUUCUGGAGAAAAACCGAAGACUGCCGUGUCCACGAGACUGUCCUCGCGAGGUUUAUAUACUGAUGGAGCAAUGCUGGGACUUUACCCCUAGUCAGCGUCCAUCGUUCGAAUCAUUAGCCAAAUCUCUGGACGACAUCCGGCAAAUGUACAAACAGCAACCGUCUGUGCAGCUCGCUCAGAUCAACCAUUGCUGACCUGCUCUUUCUAUCUCACUCUCUGUUCUCACAGGUUUUAACCACAAAACACUUUGUUCUGAGCACGACCACACUCGCCUGUUAUUGUCACUGAUGUGUACGUUUAGAGCACAGGCUGUUUUCAACUUGAGCGGGAACCUAAAGAAACGGCGCAGGUGCUGGUCAAAUUUGCGAACUUUUGUUUAAACUGGUCUGUGUACCCAGUGACUGUUACUACAUAACAUACUCCCCAAAAAACAUCUAGCAGCACUUUUGAGUUCAGUGUAGAUCGCGACACAUUCCAUAAGCCGCUUUAAGUGUUACAGAUUUGUUGAUUAUACCUGAAACUUUUUGCGUUUUUGUACAGUUUUGUUUUAUGCUGAAAAAUGGUGAGGACAAUAUCCUGUCCCGGCCUUUGAUGUUGCUGAUUCAUGGUUUGAGAGCUGCAAAUUUAUGGGGCCAGCAUUGAGACGAUUGUUUAGUUUUAAGUAAAAAAUCGUGUUAUAUUUCUAGCCCAGGAACUCUGUUGGUGGAAAAGAGAUUCAUGUAACCUAAAGUGCUCUUUAAGUCAAGAAAUGUCUUGAAAUAUUAAUUCCUAAGUAUGUAUAUAUAUUGUAAAUACUCCCAGGUGUAUUUUGAUGCUGUUAUGUUUACUUCCUCUUUCCCCAAGCCUGCAUAUAUAUAUAUAUAUAUAUAUAUAUAUAUAUAUAUAUAUAUAUAUAUAUAUAUAUAUAUAUAUAUAUAUAUAUAUAUAUAUAUAUACAUACUGUACACCUUGAAAAAUUUAAAUGUUAUAUGAAUUUGCCAAAUACCUUUCUCCAAAGUGACUUACUGUGCAUUCAAUCUGAAGAUUUUUUUUAUUAGUUAUUUGUUGUGUGCUCUGGGGAUCGAAUCCAUGACUUUUGUAUUGCAAAGCAAUACUCUAACAAUUGAGCUACAGAAACAGACAAAAGACAGGUGUAAUUGUGUUUGUCAUUUAAAUGAUUUGAUCAGUUUGCCCUGUUUCUGAGGUAGUCAGGGACACACUGGGAUUAGUUGUUUUAAUUGUGCCAUCCAAGCAAAGCAUCUUUUGCCUUUGAAUAAUUAGUUGACAUGAAUGUUUGCUCUGCAUCAAUGCAAUUAUUUCCAGACUUAAUUUGUCCAGCAAGUAAAUCUAGAUACAAAAGAGACAAAUGUAAAGAUGCAGUGUUUUGAUCGGAUGACAAUUUGAUCUAAUGGGAUCACUGUGAUCGCAUAUAAUGCCAAGUAUAAACAGAGCCUAAAUACUGUGAUAGGUUGUUUCCUAAAAAGCCUUAAGAAAAUGAAUGUGGAUGUUUACAGUCUGAUUUGUAUGAUGCAUUUAUAAUUUAUUUUACUCUUUUUGUAAAAUGUGCAAUUCUUUCCUCGUUUUAUGGGUAUUUGUAAUCUCCUGUGUGAAGAUUUGUGAAAUGCUAAUCACACUGAAUGUAUCAACAUGAUCUAUUAUUAAAUGUGAUCUUUAUAAGUAUAAUAAACAGUAAAAUAUA